AUGUCGAACGAUAAGGGACUUGAGGAUCUUCCCGAGGGAAUGAUCGAGUCCAACUACGAUGAGAUCACCGACUCCUUCGAUGCCAUGAACCUCAAGCCUGAGUUGCUCCGCGGUAUCUACGCCUACGGUUUCGAGCGCCCCUCUGCUAUUCAGCAGCGCGCCAUCAUGCCCAUCAUCAAGGGUAACGAUGUUAUCGCCCAGGCUCAGUCCGGUACCGGAAAGACCGCUACCUUCUCCAUCUCCGCCCUGCAGAAGAUCGACCCCGAGGUUAAGGGUUGCCAGGCUUUGAUCCUUGCUCCCACCCGUGAGUUGGCCCAGCAGAUUCAGAAGGUCGUUGUCGCCAUUGGUGACUUCAUGAACCUCACCUGCCACGCCUGUAUCGGUGGUACCCCCGUCCGCGAGGACAUGACCGCUCUCCGCGAGGGCCCUCAGGUCGUUGUCGGUACCCCCGGUCGUGUUCACGACAUGAUCCAGCGUCGCGUUCUCCUCACCACCACCAUGAAGCUCUUCAUUCUCGACGAGGCCGAUGAGAUGCUGUCCCGUGGUUUCACCGAGCAGAUUUACGACAUCUUCCAGCUCCUUCCCCAGUCCACCCAGGUCAACCUGCUCUCCGCUACCAUGCCCCAGGAUGUCCUUGAGGUCACCACCAAGUUCAUGCGUGACCCCAUCCGUAUCUUGGUCAAGAAGCAGGAGCUUACCCUUGAGGGUAUUAAGCAGUUCUACAUCGCUGUUGAGAAGGAGGACUGGAAGCUCGACACUCUGUCCGAUCUCUACGAGACCGUCACCAUCACCCAGGCUGUCAUCUUCUGCAACACCCGCAGAAAGGUCGACUGGCUCACCGACAAGCUCACUGCCCGUGACUUCACCGUCUCCGCCAUGCACGGUGACAUGGAGCAGGGCCAGCGUGAUGUUAUCAUGAAGGAGUUCCGUUCCGGUUCUUCCCGUGUCCUGAUCGCCACUGACUUGCUUGCCCGUGGUAUCGAUGUCCAGCAGGUUUCCCUGGUCAUCAACUACGAUCUCCCCGCCAACCGUGAGAACUACAUUCACCGUAUCGGUCGUGGUGGUCGUUUCGGUCGUAAGGGUGUUGCCAUCAACUUCGUCACCGCUGACGAUGUUCGCAUGCUCCGCGAGAUUGAGCAGUUCUACUCCACCCAGGUUGAGGAGAUGCCCAUGAACGUUGCUGACCUCAUCUAA